AGACAUUCCAGUCCGACAUACUUUGGACUGAGCCAAUUCUCACUACAAAUGGAUUUUGACAAUUUUGUCGUUUAACUUUAAACACAGUCACGCGGACGAGUACAAGCUUACAUUGUUACAAUGUUGCAGUUUCAUUCAGCGGACGCGUUUGUCCGAAGCGACGUACGUCUGAGAGUCCCGUUCAAAGACACAAUACACUGAAAGGUCGUUCGAGAGUCAACAUUGCACUUUGUAAUGUGAGCACCUUGUCGAGUUAAUCUCCAACCAAGAACCGUGACAGGAAAAGGGACAUAGGUCGUGUUGAACAUGUUUAUCACACCACCGAGGAGUAUCGUGGGGAACAUGGUGUAGAGCUCCAACCUGUCAGAGCAAGAUGGUUUCACCUGGAUGCUCUAUUGGACAUGUCCUUCUAACAAUAGCCAUGCCUGCCUUUGCUUUGGAGUUGAUUGCACAUGACGUUCAAGAAGUUGUUUGUUCACAGGGUCUCUCUGAAUGCACUGUGAAGGAUGAGUCGCCGAUUGCUCUUCCUGGGCGCAAGAAUAAUGCGGUGGAUAUCAGAGACCUUAAGGCACAGGUUAAACUGUGCUGCGAGGACGGAGCCAUGUGCCCGCUGUGUCUGGUGAUAGACAUGCUCCUCAGCAUCCAGCUCAGCAGAGCUAAUAGCAGGACCGGCCAGAGAGCAGCAUCUGUGAAAGUGUGCUAUACACCAAGCAGUUUGCCCAUAUGUAAGAGAGUGGAGUUCACAGUGAAUCGCGAGACUCUUGCCCAGCAAAACAAAGCACACCUGUCGUUGGUGAUUAAAAAGCCACAAGGGGUUUCCUUCAGCAGCAGAGUGCAAGUGUCAGUCCACCCCACUAAACAGCGACACCUUAUUGGAGAGCUUGUUGUGCCCUCGUUAGAUGAAGUGUGCGUAUCAGACUUACAAGAACACAUAAAAGAAUGCAAUGCCCCGAGGCUGAACAGCAUCGUUCACCAGGCGAGGAAGCUGGUGCAGUUGGAGGUUGUUGGCAGGAACAGCAGCCUCCUGGACCGCAUGUGCCUGCAGUAUGAGAGGAAUGGAAGGUGUCAGCCGUGGUGCAGCAUGACCGUUCCACUGUUUUCUGUUACUCCCUGCACAUGUUUUCAGAUAUGGUGGGAUGAAGGUGACCAGAGAUCUCGUCGCUCCGUAAGCUGCCCCUUCGGUGACCGCGCUGGCGUCUUCCAAAGGACCGUAUGGGAGAACGUGACCAUGUCUGUCGUCCAGGGUCAGAUGACCAGUGCUGGGAGCAUGCUGUUGUGGAGCCUGUCAGCCCCAUGCAGGCUGGAGGGUGAGGUGUGGCCCUGUCACCGCACACAAGGCGCCACGGAGAGUUGGUGCGAAGAGACGAAGGGCCUCAGGCAACAGCUGUCAAACGGCACCUGGAGACAAAAUAGCAAGGGACUCUGGGAGAUACAAGGGGCGUUUGAAGGCAUUAAUCUUCAGCUUUCACCGUGUGCGAUGGUAAAAGUUAAGGAAAGGAAAAAUGAACUGGGUCCCUUCUGUUAUAACAACACCAGCAGAUGGCGCUGGCCUCUCCUAGUUUUUGCUCUGGCGCUGCUGAUUUGCUCGGCGGUGCUGCUUCAUUAUCUCCUCCACGACGAAGUAAAAGGAUGGGCACGAAGGUGGUACUAUGAUAAAUGUGUAAAAGCUGGGACCCGCCAUGUGGUGCUGCUGAGCCCUCCAGAUGCGGAUGAUGUGGUGUCGAGGUUAAUGUGUGGACUUGGCUCCCUGCUGUGUGACCGGGGCUUCAGCGUAUCUGUGGACCAGUGGAGCCGGACCGAACAGGGCUCCUCAGGGCCCCUGCCGUGGUUGCACUCCCAGCUGCUGCAGGUGGAGCGGCUCGGGGGCCGAGUCAUUUUGGUCCUGACUGGGAAAGCCCGGGAGAGAACCGAGGAGUGGACCCAUCAGCAGCAGCAGCAGCAGCAGCAGCAGCACACAGAGGCCAAGGGGAAGGUGCAGGACAAGGGUCUCACCCGGAUAACGUCUCCUUAUUCUGAUGUCUUCACUGCCUCUUUGAGUUGCGUCAAAGCAGACAAACAGCUUGGCAGGGCGAGAGAGCGCUUCCUCCUUGUGGACUUCGAGUCUCACCCAGCACACCAUCCCUGCCAUAAGAAACACCUGCCGGAGCUUUUUCGGGGGCUGCCCCUCUUCCACCUGCCCUCUCAGAGGCGGGCCCUCCUGUAUGAUCUGGCAAGAGGGAGAGGAAAAGGGUCUGGAGGAAGGAAACGGACGGAGCCGCUUCAAAAACAACCGACAGCGGGUGACGACGAGAGGAGGAGGAGGGACGUGUUUGUGGGGAAGAAACAAAAACAAAAAGCGCGAACUAAAGAGAAAACGACAAAUUGAUGGGCUGUCUUUUUACACAACAGCCAUGGAGCAUAUCGAGCUACAUCAUCGAACUAUACCGAUAUGCGCCCUACGGGCUGAAGUGAACGGUGUCUUUAAAUAGAUCUGGGACCAGAUAAGAGACAAUAUAGGAACAUGGACCAGACAGCAGCCGAUUCAUUUCUACGCCCGUCUGUAAGCGUGUCUGUCUGUCUAUAAAUAAAUAUGCUUGCAUGUGCGCACAGCGUGGCUGUCGCUUGGCGUCGAGCGGGCGCCCUGAUUGGAGCGUCGUUUCGAACGGCAGAGAGGUUUACUUGUUGAAACUCUGCAAUGCGGCAGAGAAGCGGUGUUUGUCAAACGCUGGUCAAAGCGGCGGCGCUCCGCCCGCUCGGCGCAUUACGGAAGCGGUUUAAGCGCUCUUACGGCGACUCAAAAGUCCGACAGACGCGCUUCUCACUCACAAGUUUUGUUUUUUUGUUUUUUAAAAUAAACUCGCCAUAUAUGUGAUUUAAAGAAGAAUUCAACGACAACGCCAAUUUAAACCCAGAGUUCACCCGCUCCAAGGUAAAGUUCUACCUCCGUUUUAACGGACGUUACUUGGCAGGCUCUGUUGUAGCCUGCCCUUAACGUCCGAUAUAUAGCUCACCCUGUCGUCAGAAUGAGUUUGAUAUAGGGCGACGUCAAAGUGUAUUAACGUACGGCCGUUUGCUAACACCGGUGAUAAAAGCUAAGCGACGUGCUCAUUUCUGCUUUAAGACAGGCGAAAACAUUCAAACUGCCACAACAAACGGGACUGCUACGUACAGGGUGAACAUGCUCCUCCACAACACUAGGGGGCGCUUGGCAUCUGCUGUACACGCGGUGGGAGACGGCAGUCGGUGUAAUAGCGGAUAUGACCGACCAAUUAGCUUGUCUUUAGCUUAUGAAAGUCAUAUGGCUCAUCAUAUGGCUCCACGUUGCGGAAUAAAAACUUAGAUCGUCGCCCUCUUCACCCACACUGUCACUGGAAUCACAUUCAACUCCCCUCCUUUACUUUUUUUUAAUCUUAGUUUACUUGUCAUGAGGUAACAGGACAAGUUGAGUUGUCCACACUGCUGAAACUCUUAUACUAAAUGU